CGACAGGCUGCCUGGCAUGAGCGGACAUGAAGACAUGAUCACACGCUGAGUCAUCAUGAUCGGUGACGUAUCCACUGACUGACAAUGACGUUGUUAUUCCAAGUCAGUCUAACAUUUCGGGAUUGCCUAGACAAAUACUUCAACUUGACUUCACCGGCACCAUUAGAUGGAGCGUGUUUUGUCUUCAACGCCCAGUGGAAAAACACAGUACUUCGACGCGCUCCAGUAUCCUGCCGAGAACAUUGACAUCAAGCAAUCCAACAGUCAGGGGCAAAACCUCUCGAUGCCAAAAAAAUCAGGAAAUACUCCUACACCAAACGGUAACAUCCCAGGCUCAAAUGCCUCGCCCAAAAAGAAUAUUUUGGUAUGGGGGACAGCCACGCGGAGUUCACAAAGCGUCACGGCGAAAAUCAUCCAGACCGCAGCAGGUCCCCGUCGAUCCAAUCGCUUCCCGUGUGUACGGAGGACAUAGAUGAGGAUGCACCUUUCGCUCAUAGUAUGGAAGACGGACAUACCCCUCCGUUGGGAAGAAAGGCGUCUGUGCGCACAACAAGAAGCAAUCGCACGACUAGAUCAGUGGCUGAGGCGACAGCAGCCUUCCAGAGCGGGUCGGUCCUCACCGGUCCAAACGCCGAGCCAGAUGUAGAUGAGGGUGUGGUCCAACGGGGCGUCAUCGCUGAGAGAUCUUUGAGUAAGAAGCAGAAAGAAAAAAUAAUCAAGGAUGAGAAACGAGAGUCGAAGUGUUUUUCCAAGCUUUUGAAGACAGAAUCUAAGUUGGAAAAAGCUGCAUUGGCACGGGCUCUUAAGUCUCUCGCGGCUCUGCAAGAUCUUCACAAGGCCGCCUGCAAACUUGAGACCAGAGCAGAGGCAGCCCACUCCAAGUCACUCUUGGCCGCUCAGCAAGCUGAGAGCACGUUCCUGGAAGUAAGGGCUCGUGCUGAGGAGGAGCGUGCGCGGUGGGAGGGCAAGCAAGUAGAGGUCAAGGCUCAAGAGGAACGCUUGGAAGCGGAGAGGGAAAUUGUAAGGGAGAUGGAGGAUCGCAUGGCAGAAUGCGCCCGCGAGAUCGAAAAAUUGAGGAUCGUGAAGGCUACAGACGAGAGAGAAAGGGAAGCCAAGAUGGCAGAAAUGUUGGGAAAGAGAACAUGAACCUUCUUUUUAUCUUUAUUAUAUUCAUUGCAAUUCUUUUGAACAUCGAUGCAUACCAUCAUACUGGACUACGGCCGUUCUCAGAUACGCUGUUGACACAAUCAUCGCCAUGCUUGUAAUAACUUUCACAUUAAUAUCUCGCUACACAUGAUUAUGUACCAAUACACGCACAAGACAUCAUAGCAUAACCAGUGAUGCCCUACAACGCAGGAAGAAAGAAAUGCCAAGAAUCAAAGGAGCGAAAACGGUCAGACGACUGUUUUUAGAUCAUGCGAGUGGAGCCAUUGCAGCCGGUGACUUGGAUUUGGUGAAAAUGUCACGUACGAAUCGAUAUCAAUGAGUCAUCU